GCAACUUAGGGGACAAGUUUAGAUUUUUGAGAAAAUACAUUGAAUUGCCACAUUACUUAUGGAUGAAGGAAGGGGAGACGGAGAAUAUGUGCUGGUUUUAAUGAGGUGACCUCCCUGUGUGUACUUCUCCCUUUUGAAGCUGGCUGGUGGGCUGGAGCCGCGAUGCAUGACAGGUCAGUCUAUUGCUGUACUUCCAAAAGCACACUCCCGCUCAGAGGUACCCUGUUGAGAAAAAAAUGAACCUGCCGUCCAGAGAGGAAUGUGAGGGAUGGGACCAGGCACAAGUAGUCUUCUUUAUGUGCAAGAACAAAAUGCAAGAAUGUGCUACCACUGUUAACAGACUGAAAAUUAAUGGGCAAAGACUUCUGAACCUGUCUGACAGUGACAUGAGCAAGUUUAGUCUCAUCCACCAACCGCAGCUUCAGAAGAUUGUUCAAGACAUCAAGAAAAAUGACGGCAGCUUACUGAAUAAACUGAGAAGACUGAAAAGCAAACCUCUUCCAAAAGUACCUGCGAGAGAUUACAGAGAUGAUGACAGGGAAGGUGAUGACCAACUGUCUGAUCCUGAUUAUGAUAAUGACAUGUAUGAGGAUCUCCGUGAGGAUCAGGACAACAGCUACGAGCCUCCUCCCAGCCAAAGAGUCUUCACCACAGCCCAGACUGCUUCCUUCCCGAGGGGGGAGUAUCUUGACCACUGCCAUAACCGACCCAACCAGCCACCCAGGAAGCCCCUCCGCCCAAACAAAGCCUCCAAACAACUGCCCCCUGAACCCAUCCACGUGGAGAGUGAUGAAGAAGAGUACAUCAGUCCAGACGGCAGUAAUGAUGAUGACAACUACGUUGAACCUGCAGAGGAGCCAGCUUCCAAUCCCAUGAUAAAAGGUGGGAACAGAGCAGGGAGAGACCGACCCAUGUUGCCUACACCUUCACCAGGGCGCCCGCCCAGUCCUGACUUUUAUGAAGUUCCCGACAAAGAGGAAACCUCAUUAUCUCUUCCAGCAAACAGACUGUGCCCGAUCCCUACAAAACAGUCACACUCUUUACCACCUAAACCCAGCCCCAGACUGCAUGUGAGAAGAUCUCCAACAAAUGUCCAAGAGCUCACAGGUGACGAUGAAUAUGAAGUCUGUGAUCCAAAUGAUAGUUCCAGUGGUAAACCUGCAGAGGGUCCUCCUCUACUCCUACCCAAACCUUUGCCCAGAGAGAGGUCACCAAAACCACCAUUAAAGCCGAGGCCUGAUUUAAAACCUAAGGCAUUUGAAUCCCGAACGCUGCCUGUGAUGCAAACUGACCUGAAGCCUCCAGCAAAGGCUUUUACACUGGACUUGAAACGGCCAAAAAUUCCUCUUCCUCAGUCAACCUCCCCCAAACCAGCUAAUGGAGGAAGUGUCUCUGCUGAAAAUGGAUCAAUAAACCAAGAUAAGGAUGCAGACGUGUAUAAGAAAUCCUGGUAUGCAAGCACAUGCGACCGCAAGACUGCUGACGAUGUCUUGGUCCGCUCGAAUAAGGACGGGGCGUUUAUGGUGAGGAAGAGCUCCGGUCAGGACUCACUGCAGCCCUAUACAUUAGUGGUGUUUUACAAGGGCAGAGUGUACAACAUCCCAAUCCGCUACAUACCAACAACUCAGCAGUACGCUCUGGGAAGAGAGAAGAAAGGGGAGGAGUAUUUCAGCAGCGUCUCCCACAUCGUCGAGAACCACCAGAGGACUCCUCUGGUGCUAAUUGACAGCCAGAGUAACACCAAGGAUGCCACCAAACUGUGCUACCCCAUGAGGCCCUAGAUGACCCUCGUUGAUGGCACAAAUGAUUGGACUUGUGCAUCCUAACCCGCUGCGUUUACUGUCAGACUUUAAAUUAUAGAACUCAGUAUGUGAUGCUUUUUUUUCCUGCUUGAUUGUUAAUGUGAAGCCCAGUCAAUAAGACUGUAUGCUGGAGCUGCCUGCAUUGCUGGCCAUGCAGAGCUAAAGCACUGACUCAGAAGAUUUUUUAUUACAAAAUGUAUUAAAAUGAAUGUAAUGGAUGAGAUGUGGUGCUGUAGCUGAAAGAAGCAGGUAGAAAAAUGUUUUGUUUUUAUUUUUUUUAUAGCAAUACUUUGGGGAACCAAAAAAACUAGGUUGUAUAUUGUUUUAAUAAAACUCAUGUGUCGUAUAUUUCAGCUCACAUAUUCAUCACAAAAUGCCACCAGCAACUGACAAACUGGUUCAUUUAUUUUCUGGUCGACAAGUAAUGCUCUCAUAAUCAUGCACAAUUGUUGCAUAACAAAAAAAAAUAAAUCCUAGGCACUUGGUGAAAAUUCUCAGGUAAUAUUUUACAGUACCUCUAUCUGGACUAUAUACAAUUAGACAUCUUUUUAUCUAAAUUGAAAAAAAAGUGUAUGUACAGUGAGUUACUGACACUUAAGUGUGUGCUCCAGAAAUAGAGAUAGAUGCACAAUAUCAGUAUACAGGACAAGUACAUCUGUCCAAUGGUCCCUCUCACUCACUCACACACACUCACACACUUCCCUUGCUGAAAAUACUGAGGGAUCAUGGCUGCAUAAGGAAAUGUUUAGCCACAGUAGGACACUAGUUGAGAUUGUCAAAGGCUUAGGCCUGAUAAGGUGAGGUAAUCGGGAAAUAUAAAUCCUCCUUCCAUAGUGCAAUUAAAAUAUACGAUUAUUUUCAAGUCAAGAAAGAGGGAGGGGGAAAAUUAUCAAAUCAUCUAAGCCUCUUGAAUCCAGAUUUAAAAAGGCAUAAUAUCGCUAGUAUUUCAUUGACAUCACAAAACAAAGGUUUAGCUUUUUAAAUUAAUCGUGUCUUUAGGGAUAUCUGCUUCCACUGAAUGUACACAUGAAAAUAUACCUCUUACAGAUAAUGCUAUAUUUCAACAUAAUUUGGAGUUUAUACAAAAAAUGUUACAAAUACACUGAUUCUCCAAAUGGCCCAAAAAGAGCAUAAAGAAAAGCAUAUAAAGGCUAAACCUAAGAGUCAUAAAUAAAUGUUGAAUAAAACA